ACACCACCUUAUCUCGUCGGGUGAAUAGCGAGAUCUGCGACCUUUGAUAAUGUGCAUACGGCUUAACCAGCAGCAUAGUAUUAUGUAUUAUGGGCCAGUUGAAUUUUAGACAUGUCUGGUUUGCACAUGAUCGAUCAACAGCUGUUGGAAAACACAACUGAAUCCAGGAGCGUUCUAUUCAUACUGCCAGCGCAGGUAAUGGUUUUGUUGAGGGCAAGGAUUGGUGAACACAGUUAUGUUUUCGGGAGGCUCAAUAACACUUUGAAAGCCGGCAACCAGCAGUCACACGUGAAGCGUUCACAGUUAUCGCCGCGGCCAUCACAUGAUUCAUAGCCUGUCGUAGAUUGGUUGGUUUUCUUGGCUGUGACGUGCCCAUGAAAGCCUUCUGAUACCGUACUAGUCACAGUAUUGGCUGACAGAACGAUGUAAUCUAUAAGUGACUCAUUUCGACCAAGCUUUCCUUGAAAAUGGGAGGGUAGACCCGUAUCGCUUUCCAAGAAGUAGUUGUCGUGUAGGUGAAAUAAGUGUUUGGACCACUAAUACUUGUUACAUAUUAACAGUUUAUGUCCUGAAAAUAACUUCAUUAUUAACGUUUUCAAGAGACACACAUGCUCUAUGAAUAAGGACACUUGCAUGGAUAUAUUUAUCCCGUGUUGCUCUGGUAAGGUGAUAAAUAACAAGAUUUGGCCAGGGUGUCUCAACAAGAGACCGGGAAGGAUACCACAGCCACGUCACAUACGAGGAUCUAGGCAGCCCUGACGCUUUGACAUUGUACUCUUUCUUUACGAUUGUGUCGUCCCUGCGAAAACCAGGUCUUGCAGUCCCUGCUGCUGACCAAGCCACGUCAACCAUUCCGGAUGACAUCCUUAUCUACUAUCAACCUUUGACCACGGCUCUGAGCAGAGUUGGAUGUUUCCAAGCAGAAUCGGUCAACUGACUGACUAAAAUGACGAUCGGUUAUAUUCAACGGUCUCAUGGUCCAUGCAAUGGCAUGUCUGAGAACAAGACAAAUGGAACAUGUUCAGAUUCUCAAUUGCAAAAGCAAUUAUAUAAAACAACAAUAUAUGAUUUUGAAAUUGUCCAGGUCGGAUCUUCACCUGUAAAUACGAGGAAAAGCACUGAAUAUGGUGUAAGCGGUUUAAAACGCCUAAACAUACCGACCAGUCAAGAACGCGAGCAAACUGGAACAACAAUUCACCAAGAAAGUACAAUCCACCAAGAGAGAACUGCUUAUAUUCAUUGUCAACAAAAACGAUUUGCGUUGUUAAACAACCAGCGGCCGACUGAGAAGUACAUUAACAGCCAUGUCAUAUAUUACAAUGCUCCGAAUUCCAAAUCAGGAAGUAAAAUCAAUGAGGUGGAGACUGACAAAUACACAGUUCUAGUUUAUGGUGUUGACACAGGUAAUCGAAAAUCAUAUACCACUGGUGAUAAAACUCAUACUAAAUGGGAAUCUCCAGUAUGUAUGGGGAGCAGAAAGGUACAAGUGCAGCAGUGUGUACAGGAAGGAAGACAUCUGAAACAAGAAGCCAGUGAAUUUCAUAACGGAAGGUAUGUUUCAAAAUCAGAACGACUUCGCUUUAGUGAUAAUCUGAUAUGUUUUCAUAUAUCUCUCUUUGUUACAUCACAAAAAAGAACAGAAUUCGAACAUAAUUAUGACAGAGGCUAUGAGGAUCAUCAGUGUGUGAAUACUUGGAAAAACAAGACUAAUGUGACAAAAGAAAAUGAAAAUGUCUAUACAUGUUGGAAGCAACAUCCAAGUGGUUCCAUGUGCGAAGAACAAAUUGGCUCAAACCAACCAACAUUGUUCAGUGAUCUGGAACAUGAACAGAUCCAAGGAAUGACUGAUUCUCACCCCACUGCCCUCCGUCUGUCAAUUCAAAAGGAACCAAACUAUCACACGGAAUUUGGAAUCGUGUUUAGUGGGGUGUUGGCUGAUACCCAACGGGCAUCUAUUACAAAGGAACAUAGGCCAACGCCCCUUGAAUGUGAUAUAAAAGCGACUUCACGCAGCGUCAGUGAAUUGUGUGCACUCUAUGAUCUGACUGACGUUCAUGAAACACAUGAAGAAUUUGGAAAUACAAGUACUACCCACUCUGAUACAUACCUUUACCACCAAAGCAGUCCCUUUCCAACGAAAGAAACCGAGACAGCUGAGUCUAAAUUGCCUUCCAAAGACAUGUUUCGUCAUUUUGAUAUAGAUAGUUAUAUUCAGUCCUUGCCAAUACCAACUGUUGCACCCUUUUUUUCUUUACAAAGCUACUUUGAAAAGAUAGCUAAUCACGAACAUGUUUCCAAUGAUGAUAAAAUGCUACAGGAGGGUUUGAGACUUAGUUCGUUUUCGAAUAUUAAUGUAAAUGCGUCUUGCAUCCGUCUAGCAGCAGCAGGGUUCUAUGCUACCGGAAAAGGUGAUGAGACUAAAUGCUUCAGCUGUGGUGUCAGGCACUCGUGCUGGCGGAAAGGGGACAACAUCUUCGUCAUCCAUAAACACAUAUCCCCAACCUGUCUUCAUGCACUGGGAACUGACCAAAGGAAUAUACCGAUUCACCCUCCUCCUAUACACGAUACUGCAUCACGACCAGUCGUGUUGGAUGAUUCAGAAGGCGCUGUUGGUAUGGCACUUGUCAUGCACAAAACUCUAGACGUAAUAACCCAAACCGAUGGCCCUCAACCAACCAUGCAGGUAAAUUCAACAAAUGGCGCUCUUUUCGAAUCAGCAAUACGAAAUGUUUUGGAAAAUUCUAACCGACAUCUCGAUACUUCCAACAAAUGCAAACCAUCAGGUGAAUCUGUGAAAGAUGACCACACGAGAGCAUUUGCGUCUGUUUCUGAUGAAGGUGUUCACAGUCCACCAUUCCAAACAAGUCCUGAAUCUGUCAGUGAAGAUGGCAAUAAUACACCGGAUCUGCCUGUGUCGAGUGGAGCAACAGUAAUAAGAUCAUUUGAAAGGAUGGAGCCUAUUGUUCAAUCGGAUUCAGCAACCAGGUCACACAAUAACUUAGAAAUGAAUUCGCUACGGUUUGACAACGCUGUCUAUCCAAACUACCUGGACAUAUCAACGAGGCUUGCAUCCUUCCUACUGUGGCCCAACGAUCAUUGUAAGAAACCAGCAGAACUUGCCGAAGCUGGUUUCUUCUGUGCAGGCUUCUCUGACUGUGUGCGAUGUUUCGUGUGCGGUGUUGGCUUGAAGACUUGGGAGAAGGGAGACAACCCUUGGGUUGAACAUGUACGUUGGAGGGCAUCCUGUACCUAUGUCAGAGUCACCAAAGGAGAAGCAUUUAUCACACAGACACUUGCAAUGGAAGGGCAGAGAAGGAGGGAACAUGAAAUUCCAGGAAGUAUAAAUCAAGCUGGAAACGCGGCUGCAGACGUUGGAGAUGUCCUGGAACGGGAGGGGUGUCAGCGAGCCCUGGAAAUGGGAUACAGCAGAAACUGUGUCAGCAAACAUGCCUUGGACAUACUCAGGAACGAGAACCAUACCUUGACACUGGACGUCUUGCUCGUGCAUAUAUUGGCAGAAGAGGAUCUGGAAAUGUCUGCGUCUACUGAACUGAACUACAAUGAGCCAACAGCAGAUUCUGGAUCGAUUGAAGCGAUUGCCCCAAUCUCAAGAACCACACUGCAUGAAAAUAAUCAGUUAAUGAUUGGUGAAGCAGUUGUGGGUAGAUUUCAGACACAGUCUGAUAAUGGACAUACACAGGGCCCAAACAUACCCACCAAAGCUACAGCUGUCGGAUCGAAGAUUCCGUCAAUAUCUGUCCUGGGUACAGAGCAGAAACAUAAACAAAACAAAGAAGUUAGACAAAAGGAUCUUGAAGCUGAUGCAGCGAAAACAGAAAUACCAAGAGGACAUGCUGAUGAAACUCUCAUAUGCCCUGGGCAGAAGCACAGCAGACACGCAUAUGAGAACACAGUGCCUGAUGAGGAUGAGGGGUACGGUGAAUCGUCCGAAAUGUCGGAAGAAAGGGUGUUCCAAAGCCUGCCUGUAAUGCCAUCUGGAAAUAGAUCCAUUAACAAGCCAAAAAAAGCAAUCUGCUGUGUUACGUGUGUCGUCUUUGCAGAAAGCACAAAGGAACAGCGUAAGGCUGCAGAGGAAGAGACACAGCAGCUGAAAGAGUCGAACGUGUGUAAGAUAUGUCUGGAGGACCCUGCCAACAUCGUGUUCCUCCCCUGUGGACAUCUGGUGGCCUGUGCUGUGUGCGCCCCAGCUCUAGAACGUUGCCCAGUCUGCAGGAAACACAUCCGGGGGUCUGUCCGUGUCCACCUCGCAACUCAUCUCAAGAACAAGAUUCAGCAGUCUUAGUCCCAGUGAAGUCUCAACACUCUACAGGUCUACAGGGCUAGUAUAGCAAUGUGGACAUGUAUUCUUCAUGUAUAGUAAACCGCGGUUAUAACGAACUCAAAGGGACCACUAAGUUAAGUUUGGUAUAUUAAUUUCUACUAAAAUAUAGCGGGGCCCCCAUACAGUUUUAUCAUCCAAAACUGUGUUCCAAAGGAGAUAUUGCUUGUGUAAGA